CAGAAGCGGCUCACCAACAUUGCGGUGGUGCGCAUGAAGAAGCAUGGCAAGCGGUUUGAGAUCGCCUGCUACAAGAACAAGGUUGUCAACUGGCGCAACGGCGUAGGCACGCUGGUGCUAACACAUACGGCUGCAUGCGGUGGUGUGCCUGCCCGCCUCCCCGCGCCCCAGCAGCUCCACAGCGCGCCCCUGGCCCCUGCCCCGCCCCGCCCCUGCCCCGCGCUGCCCCAGGUGUCUGACAAGGAGCGGCGGGUGGAGCUGGACACGCUGUUCCGCGACGUCGCCUCUGUGCUGUCUGAGAAGUGCAUCAACCCGGAGUCCAACCGACCCUACACACUGUCCAUGCUGGAGCGCGCCCUCAGGGACGUCCACUUCUCGGUCGACCCAAAGCGCCCCGCCAAGGCGCAGGCCCUAGAGGCGCUGCCGCUGCUGAAGAGCCGGUUCCCCAUAGAGCGAGCUCGCAUGCGGCUGAAGCUGGCGGUGCCGCUUUCUUCCAAGGACGAGCUGCUGGAGCUGGUGCGGCAGCAGGGCGGCGUGGUGGAGGAGCAGGACCUGAUAGGCUCCCAGUUCUGCCUGGUGUGCCUGGUGGAGCCAGGCACCUUCCGCUCCGUGCACAGCUUCAUCCAGACCUCGUCGGGAGGCAUGGGGCGCUUUGAGGUGCUGGCGCUG